AUGCAGGCGCGCGAGGGCGCCCCGGCGGGACGCCGGGCCUUCGGCAGCCUCUGCCCCAACCGGAUGCGGGAGUUGCGCGGCCCGGCCCCCGGCAAGCCCGGGCGGCUGGAGGGGAAGCUCGUCCCCCCGCGGCAGUUCCUCCCCGGCGGCGGCGGCGGCGGCGGCGGCGGCCCGGUGUCCGUGUCCGCGUGCGAGGACCCCCCGGGCGCCGAGCCCGCGGCGCUGCCAGCCUUCGCCACCAUCGACCUGCAGGACCUCGCCGACUGCUCGCUCCUCGGGCCCCACGCGCCGCCUGCCGGGGACCCGGCCGCCUCGCAGAGCCAUGGCCCGCAGACGGCGGCGGGCUGGGACCCGCAGGACUUCAGGGCGACGGUGGAGGAGCUCCUCGCAGACCCGUCCCCCUGGCUGUCGCCUCCCCUGGCCGGCGGAGACUUCCCCUACUCUCCGGGCGACUCACUGCCCUUCGGGCCCUGCCUCUCGCCUCCGCCGGACCCGCGGGCCCUGCCGCCGCCCCCGCCGCCGCCGGAGCAGUACUGGAGGGAGGUGGCCGACCAGAACCAGCGGGCGCUGGGGGACGCGCUGGUGGAGAACAGCCAACUGCACGCGACGCUGACCCAGAAGCAGGAGGAGAUCGCGUCGCUCCGGGAGCGCAACGUGCGGCUGAAGGAACUCGCCAGUCGGACCCGGCACCUGGCGUCGGUGCUGGACAAGCUGAUGAUCACGCAGGCCCCGGAGGGCGAGGCGGCCGAGCCCCGCCUGCCCAAGGCCGCGGCCAAGAGGAGCCUGGAGGAGCUGCUGGGCGCCGCGGGGCCGGACUGCGCGCACGUGGACGCCAUCCUGCGGGACCUGGCCGAGCGCUGCGAGGAAGUUCUGCGCAGCCGCGACCCCAAGCGCCUCCGCCUGCAGCCGGAGCCCGCGAGCCUGGCCUCCCGCCCGGGGCACCUGCACGGCGCCUUCCGGGGGCUGCGCACGGACUGCAGCCAGCGCGCGCCGGACCUGAGCCGCGGGGAGCUGGACGAGGGCGGCUCCUUCUGCACCCCGAUCCGCAGCCACGGCACCAUCCGCACCCUCUCUUUCCCCCAGGGCAACGCCUUCACCAUCCGGACGGCCAGCGGGGGUUACAAAUUCCGCUGGGUCCCCAGCUGA